UCAACCCUGCCCUGUCCAAAUCUUUGACGAUUCACGAACUUGAAGCCUCUGAUUUAGGGUUUUAGCAAGCUCCUAUUUUUAACUGCCAACUUCUUCGCUUGGCUGUGAUCUUACCACCUUCACUUCGAUUGUGAAACGAUUGACGGGCCUGUCAAGACACUAUCCAGUCAGAGUAUGGCUGGUGGUGAAACGAAGAAGUCCAAUGCAAAUGCAGGUGCCGGGGGGAAAAAGAAGGAGGUGAAGAAGGAGACUGGUUUAGGUCUCUCCAACAAGAAGGAUGAGAACUUUGGAGAGUGGUAUUUGGAGGUUGUUGUGAGUGGCGAGAUGAUUGAAUACUAUGAUAUAUCUGGCUGUUAUAUCUUGAGGCCUUGGGCAAUGGCUAUUUGGGAGAUCAUGCAAGGAUUUUUUGAUGCAGAGAUCAAGAAAAUGAAAAUUAAAAACUGCUAUUUCCCUCUUUUUGUCUCUCCUGGUGUUUGACAAAGGGAGAAGGACCACAUAGAGGUUUUUGCUCCGGAGGUUGCUUGGGUAACUAAAUCAGGGGAAUCUGAUUUGGAAGUGCCUAUUGCGAUCCGGCCAACUAGUGAGACUGUCAUGCACCCAUACUAUUCAAAAUGGAUAAGAGGACACAGAGAUUUACCUUUGAAACUCAAUCAAUGGUGCAAUGUUGUCUGAUGGGAGUUCAGCCAUCCUACUCCAUUUAUCAGGAGUCGCGAGUUUCUUUGGCAGGAAGGUCAUACUGCUUUUGCAACAAAAGAAGAGGCAGAUGCAGAGGUUCUUGAUAUGUUGGAACUCUACAGACGUAUAUAUGAAGAAUAUUUAGCUGUCCCGGUCAUAAAGGGAAAGAAAAGCGAGCUGGAAAAGUUUGGUGGUUCUUACACGACGACUGUUGAGGUGUUCAUUCCCGACACUGGUCGUGGUAUACAAGGAGCAACUUCGCAUUGCCUGGGGCAGAAUAUUUACGACGUGUUGCUCCGAGAAGCGGCUUCUCGAGCGAUCAUAAGUCGAGCCUCCGAGCUGAGCUUUGACCUGACUAGAAGAGGAGCCCUGAACGUCUGCGUAGCUACUCCAUACUCCUCCUUUUAUGUAUGGGCAUUGAGACUUAUAGUAAUCGAUUACAUGAUCAAGCAAGAUGUGUAUAGUAAGAAAUAA